AUGGAUCUUAAAUAUCUUUUAUGCGAACCUGUAUCGAAAUUGGCAGUCAAGGCAAACGAACAAGCUGCUUUGAUACAUCAAACAAACCAACAACAAAACCAUGAUUGGCACUCCAUUACAAUGUACUCGACUGUGAUCACAAAGCAGCAGGAUUGGAAUCAGCAACAGCUUCUAAGUAGUAGCCCAAAGAGUGUUUGCAGCAGCCUCAGCACAUGUAGUAGCACCAGCUCCAACAGUAGCAACGAUGAUUACAUUGCGACUCCCGGAAGAAGCAACAGCUUCAGUUCAUUACGUGCUCCUAUUUCACAAUACCAUCACCAGCAUCAACAAGAGCAAUCCAGACGUCGUACUGCAAGUGAUGUAAGCCUCACAAGACACCAUAUGUUCAUCUAUAGUCAUCCAAAUCGCAGACCACGCUCAGAAUCUGCAGGUAAUACAAGCAAUGUGCAGACCAGAACGCCCUGGACGCCCUUCGAGGAUCAUUUGCUCCAACAAGGAUAUGACCAAGGAUUAUCUUGGGCCAUGAUCUCUUCAACCUAUCUUCCUCACCGAUCGAGAGGUUGUUGUUGGGGUAGAUUCAAGACAUUACAAAACAAAAACAUGGUUGAUCCAAAUCACACUCAUAUGAGACAUUUCAGAAGACCUUGGAAAGCCAUUGAUUUCAGUAACAACAGCAAGAAACAGCAACAACAUGGAAUCUAA